UGUCAAAACAAACAAACGUGCAUUAUAUUUUACAAUUUAAAUUUUUUUAUAUUGAGAAACAGAAAUAUAGAAAUUAGAAACAGUACAACCUUUGUAUACAAUAAUAAAAAAUGUCGAAUAUGAAAAUUAAAGUUAUAAGCAGGAAUCCAGAAGACUAUUUACGGGCUACAAAAAGGGAUAUUCAUAAACUACCUAGAAAUUAUGAUCCCAGUCUCCAUCCAUUGGAGGGGCCGCGAGAGUAUGUGAGAGCAAUGAACGCAGUGAAACUGGAGAGGGUAUUUGCAAAACCUUUUAUUGGUAACUUGGACGGUCAUUCCGACGGCGUAUCUAGUUUGGCUAAACAUCCAAACAGAUUGGCAGUGCUAGCAAGUGGCGCGUUUGAUGGGGAAAUUCGACUUUGGGACUUGGCUAGUCGAAAGUGUACUAGACAUUUUACAGCUCAUGAGGGUUGGGUGCGUUCGUUAUGUUUCACACCAGAUGGUCAGCAUUUUACAAGUGUUGGUGACGAUAAGACAAUUAAAACUUGGAAAUCUGUAACACGUGAUGAGGAGGAUUACGAACCCACUAACACAUUGUUGAGUAUGUCAGUAGUCUCUGGUAUCACACAUCAUAGGGAGAAGCCAAUAUUUGCCACCUGCGGAGAGCAAUGUCAGCUGUGGGAGAACACAAGGAGUGAACCAGUUAAAGUAUUUAAAUGGGGUGUAGACAGCCUUCAUCAUGUGGCUUUCAAUCAGGUAGAAACAAAUCUGCUAGCAUCAUGUGCAAGUGACAGGAGUAUCAUAUUAUAUGAUUUCCGUGAGUCUGGCCCUCUCCGGAAGGUGGUCAUGGAGUUGAGAUCAAAUGCUCUCUCAUGGAACCCAAUGGAGGCAUUUAUAUUUACUGUUGCAAAUGAAGAUUACAAUCUAUACAGUUUUGAUGUAAGAAAAUUAAAGCAACCAAUAAAUGUGCAUAUGGACCACACUUCUGCUGUCAUAGAUGUAGAUUACUCUCCCACUGGGAAAGAGUUUGUAGCAGGAAGUUAUGACAAAACAGUAAGAAUAUUUGAAGGUCUCAAGGGUCAUUCAAGAGAUGUAUACCACACAAAAAGAAUGCAAAGACUCACAUGUGUGAAAUGGUCUUUGGAUAAUAAAUAUAUACUCACUGGGUCUGAUGAAAUGAAUAUAAGAAUGUGGAAAGCAAGAGCCUCAGAAAAGCUUGGUAUUCUUAAACCACGUGAACGUACUGCACUGAAUUAUUCAGAGGCUUUGAAAGAGAAGUUCAGUAAUCAUCCACAAAUCAAAAGAAUAGCACGUCACAGGCACGUGCCCAAGCAUGUCAUGAACGCGCAAAAGGAGAUCAAGACCAUCAGAGAAAAGAACAAACGCAAGGAGGCAAACAGACGUGCACACAGCAAACCCGGUGCCGUGCCAUUUGUGGCCGAACGUAAAAGACAUGUGGUCAAGGAAGACGAAUGAAACAACGUUGUUGCCGUUCAAUAAAAGUAAACUUUAAUUUCACUGACAUUUUAUUAAUGAGAAUUCAUAUUCCAUCCAACAAAAAACAACUUAUUCAACAAUUUUUCUAUAACUAAAAAUGUCUAAAAUCAUCAAUCACAGUAAUAUCAACGUAAGGAUGCAAACAGAUGUGCAAAUAACAAUGCGAUCAGUGCAAUUUGUGGUCCAAAAAAAACAUGAGUAUAUUACUGCAGCGGCCGACAAUAGAGGCAUUGGUGGACGAAGGUGUGAAUGUGGGCUGAGGCGAAGCCGAGGCACACAUACCUAUAUAAGUGAAACAUUAUCUGUUCGAUAAAUAACA